AUGUCUUCGCCCGCCAAACCCCCACCGAUCAAGAAGCGCAAUGGCAAUGUCGCAGACACGCCUUCCUCACGCUCGGGUGGGAAGAGGAAGAGAGACGCGUAUGAUCCGGAGGAAUACCAGAACGCUGUUUAUGCUGGGGCGGGGGCGGUGGCGGUGAGUGGUGAUAAUGGGUAUGAGCUGGAUGAGAAGGAGCUGGAUGAGGAGGAAGCGGCUGCGCACCAGCUUCAGGACGAAGCUGGAGUUGAAGUUGACGUUUACAUUGAGGAUGAGGAUGAUGAUGGAGAUGACGACGAUGCCCGACUGUAUGCGACUCCCAAAUCCGUGCGCAAACUUUCGCGCGAUUUGUACACUGCUCUAGAAACACAUAGUCCCGGUCGGCCAGAAACGCACGUUUCAGCGGGGAAGACGCUUGUUGGUACAAGCACGCAUGUAGCGAUAUCGCCAUCGCCGUCGUCAUCAAUAUGCACAGGCAGCGAGACCGAGAACGACGAAAACGAAGCGAUCGAUGAAAUAGAUUGGUCUAGCAGUGGCGACGACUUGCAACUAUCGUUUUCUCCCACCACUUCGUCGGCCGGACCGGACAUGACUAGUACUGGCGAGAUCGAAGUAGAAGUGGACAGACUCAAACAUAUUCCUGUUGGCAAACAACCUAGACCACGAAAUGGGCCUGGUAGAUUAAUGACCACUACCACACGGCCUACACCAACUAGACCUUCACCCUCAUCUCCAUCCGCCAAACCCAUCAUCACACCAACCAUCACACCACCACCACCCACACAGCCACGACCACAACCAUCCCAACGCACCAUGACCCCACCCAUAACCACCACUCACCCCCCAGGCUUCGAAUACCCACCAAGCUGGCCAGGAAAAACGCCAGAAGAGAGGUGGUCCACAAACCCCAACCUACGCGCCCGCGAACUCCUCUCUUCACCCCACCGUAUCCGCGCAGAACUACCGUCAGAACCACUGUACGCCUUCCGCGACGCGGAGAUAAGGGAUGGGCUGUGGGGACUCAUGAGCGCUGUCGAGGAGUUUGCUGAGAAAUAUUUUUCGAAGGGUGCGCAUGCCAGGCAUACGACCAUGACCGCCGACGGCGACAGAUUCGUGCACAAAGAUUUCUUCGAGAGUUUAACACCAGAGACAGCAAAGCUGAUUAAUUGUGUGGCCAGUGCAGGGCCGAGUGGACUGCGGGGGUGGCACGAUCUUUUCGUCAACAAAGACAAGAUGCAAGCGCUGGUGUGUGGGAUGAUAGGGAAUGUGUUAAGUGAGCAGGUGUUGCAGCAUGUAUUCUUCGGGGGGACAGAAGAGGGGGUCAGGGCUGUAGCGGCGGUGCAGAGGGAGAUGAAGGACUCGGACGGUGAGUCAACUAUUUCAUCGAUCUGGGCGGGGAACGAGAACGAGAACCAGAGAGACGGGGAUUGA